ACUGUUCUUUUUUUUCUGAUAGUGGAUAGACCAAUGAACAUGUUUCAAUGGUGGAAAUUCAACAUAUUUUUAUAAAGGUUUGUCAAUGUUGAAAAUGGAUUACCAUGACAACAUAAUCCUGUGCUUGAAAUGUUACCCUUGAUGACUUUUUGCAACUCCAAUGUAUUGUCCACGUAGAUGCCCUUUAAUAAGGUUUGUUAUUAACUGCAACGAGUUAGGAAUUAUGCAAACCAAGGGACCAUUCUGUUCAUGCAGUCUUCCAUUGUAAAUAAGAGCGUACAAGUUCCUAGUCCUCUUUACAACCACACAUAUCCAACACCACAAAUAGUCAGAGCAGGCAGUCAGGGUGAAUCCGUCCAUAGGUCCCACACCCUGUAUGCCUUUUGAACAGUGGUUAUUGCUUUCCAGUGGAAACUACACAAACAUCAGAAUAAGGCAACAGGACAGAUAAAGGCUGCUGUUGUCCUUUUAAGUCCACUUGGAGCAGGCACCACAAACAGGUCAGAAAUAACCAAGCCAGCCUGCUGCAUCCUAAACACUCCAAUCUGCUUGCCUCAUCAGGUGCCAAUAUAGACACUAAAGAAAAGGAGCAUAAACACAUUUUGCAGGAACACUUCAUCAUUUUCUUCCCCGGCCUAAUUCACUAAUCAGACAUUUUUGGGGUUUUGUUUAACUAGGCAAGUCAGCUAAGAACAAAUUCUUAUUUACAAUGACAGCCUAGAAACAGUGGGUUAACUGCCUUGUUUAGGGGCAGAAGAACAGAUUUUUACCUUGUCAGCUCAGGGAUUUGAUCUAGCAACCUUUUAGUUACUGGCCCAAUAUUCUAACCAAUAGGCUACCUGCUGCCUGGAGACUAAGCUAUAUUCCUGCAUCCUUAUUGAACCUUCCUGCCUGGCUGUUUCUUCUCUUGGAAAGUUCAACGACCUCUGAUUUACUCUGGGGAGAGAUGCAGCUUACGGUCUCCUCUUUUCCAUUCUCCUCUAACAGUCAGACACUACUCCCCUGCACCUGUCCCUUGGAUCUCAAUGUUAAACCCAAUCCCUUCCGUUGGUGCUCGGCAGUCAUUUGUAAAAAUGUGUAAAAUUGCCUAUUUUUCUUCCCUUGUUAGUAUAUUUGUCUUUGUGUCUGGAGGCAGUUGUCCCUCCCAGAAGGCAGGCAGCCAUCGCCAGGCCAAGGAAAGACCAGGCAGGCACACAGGGCUGCCAAGCAGGAAGCAUACCACACAGGGUGCAAUCAACAGCUCUGAAAGGACAUGAGACACAUUACAGAGGAAACGUCCAGUUUCCUGUUUGCUUGUCUGGUUUAGGGUCAAGGCUCGAGACUGCAGGUUUUUGGCUGUAUUGGGGUUUUAGAGAUUUAGAGGAGAGUGUGGUGUGUGUGUGUCUCUCUGAGUCUGUCUUAGUGUGUUCUCUCAACUACCCGCAUGCUCAGGAAGAGCUCAGCAGUUCAGACCCUCAGGAGAAGAUGUAAGCUGCUGCUGGGGUACCCAGAAACAUGUCUUCAGCAGAGAUCUACUGGCCUGUUCCAAUGAGGGCCAUCGGGGCCCAGAACCUGCUCACCAUGCCAGGAGGCGUAUGCCACUCUGGGUACCUCCACAAGAAGGGAGGGAGCCAGUUCAGCCUUAUGAAGUGGCCUCUUCGCUAUAUAAUCAUCCACAGGGGAUGUGUGUAUUAUUUCAAGAGCAGUACCAGUCCUGCACCACAAGGAGCUUUCUCUCUCAAUGGCUACAACAGGGUGAUGAGGGCAGCAGAAGAGACCACCUCCAACAACGUGUUUCCCUUCAAAAUCGUCCACUUCAGCAGUAAGAAGCACCGGACCUAUUGCUUCUCAGCAGCCAACGAGGAAGAGAGAAGGAAAUGGAUGCGUAACCUGCGAAAAGAAAUUGAUCACUAUAAUGACAGAAUGGAUUCACAUAUUCCAAAUGACUCUGAAAGUGAUACGGACAGCUUCUAUGGAUCGAUCGAGAGCCCCAUGGACAUAACCUAUGCCCGUGAUGACCCAGGAGACAAUUAUAUGUUAGAGGAUGAAGAAGAUGAUGAGGACGAAGAUGACUAUGAAAAACCAGAUAGCCCACCAACUUAUACAGGAAGACUAACUGUUCCACCACCAUCAUACCAUCCUCCUCCACUCCCAUGCCAGUUUAGACAAGAAUCAAAAUCAGGAUUCUGCAAAGGUCUCCCCCAACCUGCCCCUGCCCCUGUCCCUGUCCCCAACAGGACUCUCUCCAGCCCCCUUCCAAAGAAAAUGUCCCCGGUCUUACCUCGACCGAAGCUGGGUGAGGUCGGCCACAACCAACAUGGACACAUGGACAUCCCAAACAAGGACAGCCCAGAGAGAAGUGUGAGGGGCCCUAAGACCCCUCUUCCCACUCCCAUUGCCAGCCUUCAGAAGCAGAUGAUGAUGGCGAAGACGUCCAUCUCCACCCUACCUGUGGGGGACCACAGAGACAAGAAGCCCCAUGUUCCAGUGACCCUCAAGUCUCCCGCCACCCUGCCCAUCUGCAUCAACCUGGAAAGGCAAAUGGGACUGAAUCCUAGACCACCUGGUUACCAUGGCAACACACCCAGUCACAUCCCAAGUGUUCGAAACUACUGCCACAGCACUAGGUCAACACCAGAUCUCCCACCACAGGCCUCGCCAGCACUGAACCACACGCCUGGACAGUACAAGCCACCCCUCCUAGCGAAAUCUCCAUGUCCGGCAACCAUGCCUAAACAACCAAGAGGGUCAGCACAAAGAUCCUCUCCAGAUGGACAUAGCUUCCGAACCUCAGUGGACGAGGUGCCUGCCUCUUUAAGAAAGAACAGGGGUCCAUCCAAGGACAUCGACGAUGACUCUGAUGAAGACUAUGAGAAUGUUCAAUUACCAGAUUCUGUGUUUGUGGACAUAACAGAAACAAGCAGUGUUGAAAAGUUAUUUAUGGAAAGCUCCAGUUCACCGCAGGAUGGUCUCUACUGCUUCAGGAACUCAGGAUCAAAGACAUCCAAGGUGCUGGUGGUGUGGGAUGUGGAUCUGUGCAAGGCCAGAAACUACAGGCUCUUUGAGGAGGACUCCCGGGUGUUCCUGGAGUUUGAGAUGACAUUUUCCUCCCUGUCGGCCCUAGUGGAGCACUACUAUAGCCACCCUCUACCCAAUCACGACUCUCUGUGUCUGCAGCAGCCAUAUGGUUACAUCAUGCCCAGAUGACCCUGUCCUGACUCUACCUGAGGCCAUUGCCUCAUCCGCUCAAACGGACUCUCUCCUUUUGGGUAUCUAAUACGGUUCUGCAACUGUCAUGAACUACAGUCGAAACCUGCUGUGGUAGAAACAAAAUGACACUGCCCCCUGUAGGGCAAGUCAGAUUGGUGCAUAUCUGUAACCAAGCCUGAGUAUUUGUUGGAGUGAUUCUGAUGAGUGUCAUGGCAUGGGAUCUAGCCCGAAACAACGCUUGGGCAGAGGUGCAACGAGUGCACAUGGUUGCAGUUGUGAAGAAAAUAUGGUAUCUGUGAGGAGGACAAUGAGCUCUAUAUACCGAACAAAGUUGUAUUAUGUGAGGACUACUGCAGGACUAGUACUCUAAAGGUCUGUCAUUACACUGGAUAGCACUGUUGUAGUGUUGUUCAGAAUACAAGCAAAUGUGAAGAUUUGUGGGUUCACUGCACAUUAAUGUCGGAAUAUUUAACACUGGUUUUGCAUUGAGGACCAAUGAUGUGUAAAUCACUUAUUUAUUCCAUAAAGUUUAUGAAAUGUAUCAUAUUAUCUUCAGAAAAAAAGUUUAAACGCUUAGAUAAUGAUGACAGUAUGCUAUCAAACUGUCCACACAUCCUAUUGCACUGUACAGAACUGUCCAUUUGUGAUAUGUCAAUUAAAUGCAUUGUAAAAAAAAAUUG